AUGUGCAUCGAGGCUCUAUCAUCCAUGGCUUGCAUGGAGAUUCUUGACCCAGAAGGGAGGAGAGAGAAACCAGUUCUGACCCUGGAGAUGUUGACCGGUCAGCCAUGGAGCUAUUCAGCCUCGAUGUUGCAAAGCAUUCUUGAUCUACUGCCCCUGAGAGGAAAAGGUAGUAGAACAGGGCCUAUGGGAUUCUAUUUCACUUUGCUCUCCAGAUCAAUUGAACUCGGUCUAGGGAAUGACAACAAGGCAAAGCUGCAAGAUCAGAUAGCUACUCUGCUGCAAUUCGCUCAAGUGGAGGGGUUUCUUUACCCUGAGAAAAGAUCAUCUGAUUCAUCAUCAAUCUCUUCCAGCGAGGAAGUCAUCGUCAUGGAGGAAAUAUUUUCUGGAUAUGUGAUGUCUUCGGCAAGCCAUACUCCGUCGGCAAGCGGUUCACUUGUUGCAGAGCUAUGGGAUUCUUAUCUAUCUCACAAUGGCUCUGAUCCAAAAAUGGAACCAAAAAGAUUCACUGAGUUGUUAGAGACAACACCUAUUUCUUGGAGACAAAGCCACGAUCAACUCUACCGAACUAUCAACAGUUUCCUUCAAGCGCACCAAGAUUUAAACCAUGACGAAAAGGCAGCAGUGUGCAAGUACCUCAACUGUCAGAAGCUCUCUCAAGGGGCGUGUGUGGAAGCAUUUCAAAACGAUAUGUUGCCUCUGAAAUUGAUCGUCGAGAUUCUCUUCAUUCAGUAG